AUGAAAGAUAACGAAAAGGGUACUGAAAGUAGUGUGGCAGUUGUUGAAAGAUCAAUAGUUCCAUCUUUAGUGAUUGAAAACCCUGUUCCUAUGUCCUCUAUUUCUGGAGUCUUUGAUGUUGGUGCACUAAAUGGUCACGACAACGGUCCAACAUUUGAAGAACAUGUAUCUUUAGAGGAUCUUGCUGGUGAUUACAAUGAAGAUGAUGAAGAAGAGGAUGUUGAGGAAGAAGGUGAUGAUGAGGAUGAUGAUGAUGAGGAUGAUGAUGAAGAGGGUGAUCAUGAGGAAGAUGACGAUGAUGAGAAAGUUUUUUCUGCUAGCAGUCAUGGUUCUGAUAAUGACGAUGAUGAUGCUCAAGGUGGUAUGGGAAUUAAAGUAACUGAAGCUUCCAAUGAAAGAACUGUUGAUGAUUUGAUGAAUGAUUUUGUGAAUGAAGAGACAGGGGGAGCUGAAGGAAAGGGGGAGCAUGGUGAUGAUCAGAAUGUUGAUCAAGUUGAGAAGCUGAUUCUUCGAAUUGAACCCCAUGUUGAAGAAGGUGAAAUAAGGCAUACCUACACAUUGGAUGAAGUACUGAAAAUGUUCAAUGUGAAUGAAGAGGGUUUUAAGUUUGACUUUGAGGAAGAGCUCAAUGCUUUCGACAUCAACCAUCAGCGUAAUUAUGAAUACAAUUAUGUUAAAGAUGCUGAUAUGUAUGACAGAGUUGAAGUCGAAGAUUGUACUGAUGAUGAGAGUGAAAUAGAAGAUACUUCUCAGUUACCUACAUUGAUGGAGUUCUUUACUGAAGAAAAUCGGGAUGAACUUAGAAGAAAAGUUGCUGAAAUUCUUAAAGAAAAAAUUUUGAUGGCACCACAAAAGAUCCACUGA